GCCAAGAGAGGCAGGAAGAGGUGGCAAAGGAGUGCUACAGAAGAUAAAGAGGCUGAGCUCCGACAGGGAGCAGGGAGGAGGGGCCAUCUUGAGACUGGUGCCCUGCAAGCUCCACCCCACCCCUCCAUGCAGUUCCCCAUGGGCCCUGCCUGCAUCUUCUUGAGGAAAGGCAUUGCUGAGAAACAGCGGGAAAGACCACUGGGACAAGAUGAGAUUGAAGAACUGCGGGAAGCAUUUCUUGAGUUCGACAAGGACCGAGAUGGGUUCAUCUCUUGUAAGGAUCUGGGGAAUCUCAUGAGGACAAUGGGUUACAUGCCCACAGAGAUGGAACUGAUUGAGCUCGGCCAGCAAAUCCGCAUGAACCUGUCUGACGCACACACAGUAAGUGACGGGUAAACCAUCACCUUGUGGCUGUCGUCGUCAUUGCUGAUGUCAUCUACCUCUGCUUCUAUUCAGUUUGACACGAACGGAGAUGGGGAGAUCACCCUGGCGGAGCUGCAGCAGGCCAUGCAGAGACUCCUGGGAGAGAGGCUCACUCCCCGGGAGAUCUCUGAGGUUGUCCGGGAGGCUGAUGUUAAUGGAGACGGCACCGUUGACUUUGAAGAGUUUGUGAAGAUGAUGUCUCGCUGAGGAGGUCCUGGAAGCCCCUGGCCCUCUCCACCUGGUCAACAUGGAGCAAGUGCUUGUGGAGAACCAAAGCCCCAAAGCCCCAGAUCCCCUUAAAGCAGAGAGGGAAGGCAGGCGGGAGAGAGGGAUCGGCAUGCAGAGCUAUGCAUGAGGUGAGACUGAGAGCGGUGGUUUUGCCAGGAUGGGGGCAUCUGCAGCACUAGAUUAAGAAGGAGGAGUCUAUGGAUGGAAGCAGGAAGGGUGGGAGGGUCCAGUUGCCACCCCCAAAAAUUCCAAUGAUUCAUGACGUCUUUUCACUUCAAGUAGUCCUAAGUCCCUGUGACCUGCCAGAGUCUCUUCCCCAGCUUCCCCUUGGGUGAAAAUAGUCUCUUCUCCUUUGGAUAUCAAAAGGUUCAGCACGUAGUCUCUACUCUUUCCCUGCUUGCGUCAACUGUUGCAAAUCCCCUGUUUCUCUCUCCCGGUAAGAGAGAGACAAAUUGUACAUUAUUCAGGUGAUGGUUACAUGAACAGCCCAGACUUCACCGCUACACAAUAUACCGGUGUAACAAAACCGCACUUGUACUCCCUAAAUCUAUAGAAAUACAAAAUAAAAUAAAAAGGAUGCGAAUCAA